UGAUCAUUUUUAAAUGUGUCAUGGAGCAUACCCCUGCGCCUUACGCUCCCAGAGCUGUCUAUGGAUAUGCCAUGUACAUCGGCUCGAAUAUGCUCUUCCUGUUGUAUAUGAUAUGGGCGAUAAUACCGGAUAAGGUGUUGCACGAUUAUUUAGGCUUGACGUACUGGCCCUCCAAGUAUUGGGCAGUCGCGAUUCCCAUAUGGGCACUGACUGCUCUAGCCACAUUCGCGUUUCUCAUUUAUCCAGCUAUCAAUAUGUUGAUAACUCCGGAUAUUGAUGACAUUCGGACUAUCACGGAUAAAUAUGCCUUGCAGGAGACCGAUACUAUUCCGGGUGGAAUACCGGCUGUGUCCGACAUACCCAUUACAAAAGUCUGCCGGAGAUUGUAUUUGAAAAAAUGUACUUCAUAACUGUAAUAAUUAUUUAACAAACAUUAGAUAUAUAUAUCACUUUAUAUAUUUUUUGAAAUAAAUGUACAUGUAUUCCAAUUGAUCAAUUAGCACCAAAGUGGACAUCGCCUGUUUGUAAAAAUCAAUGACUUUAUAUACAUUAUAUAUGUACAUAUAUAAAUAAUACAUUACUAUAUUAUCG